GUAGCCACACCUAUAGAAAAACAUGUCAUCACUGAGUAAGCAGUCUUGGAUAAUAAUUGGAACAGUUGCUGCUGUAGGAGCUGCAGGAUUAGCUGCUGUAACCUACUGGUACUGCUCCAGGAGGAAGAGAAGCAGAGCAAGUCGACCUGAAGAUUUUACAAUGCCUGUGGCCAUUGUGGAGCAAUUGUGGUUGUAUCCAUUGAAGUCUGCUCACAGAUUGGAAGUGAAUGAGAUUGAAUGUCUUGCCAGAGGCUUUAAGAAUGACAGAUGUUGGGUGGUGACGGAUAAAGAUGGCAGGAUAGUCUAUCAGAGCAAGGCUCCAGUUUUAGCAACGGUACUUCCUUUGGUAGAAGAGAAUGGAAAGAAUCCAACACUGGUUCUUAAUGCGCCUGGAAUGGAAGCAAUAACAAUUGAACCACCAUCAGCAGAUAAUCCUGCUCCAGUGUCUAGUGUCCAAUUGUUUAACAUGACUGGUGAAGCGUAUGAUGUUGGUGAUGCAGCUGCUGACUGGAUAUCUCGUCUAACUGGUAUUGAGGGAUGCAGGAUUAAGUACAUGUCACCUGAUCAAAAGCCAAGGAAACUAGUUGAUCAUCAUAAAUACUCUGAUAUCUGCCAGCCAAAAGAUGAAACUAGUUUUGCUCAGUUUGCUCCAGUUUUCAUUGCUUCUCAGUCGUCUCUGAACAAACUCAAUGCCAAACUAGCUCAACCUGUUCCUAUGACUCGUUUCAGGCCCAACAUCAUCAUUUCUGGCUGUCCACCUCAUGAAGAGGAUUGUUGGUCAGAGAUUAAAAUAGGAGACAGCUGCAUACUUCGUGGAAUAACACCAGGUCAAAGAUGUGUAGUGACAACAGUAGAUCAAGAGUUAGGAGUCAAGUCUUCUGAUGGAGAGCCAUUGAAAACCCUCCGUACAUACAGGAGCUAUGAGCAAGUGUAUGGAGUAGAGAACAGCCGCUAUGCAGGAGGUGGCCCUCUGUUUGGAGCUGACUAUGGUAUCAUUGCACCUGGUAACAUUAAAGUUGGUGAUAGAGUGUACAUUAAGCAAUAAUUUGUGCAAUAAUUUAUAUUAAAAACAAAUAAAAGAAUAAGAUUAUUU